UUGAAAAAUUUGCAAAGUGAAAACACGAGGCCAAAAUUUCACGCAGAUAAGAUUGCAAAGUGAAAACACGAGGCCAAAAUUGGUACAGGUUGGAGCAGGAUCGUAUCAUGAUAUCGCGGUGAAUGAACAGAAACAACACUGUACAUAACAUAACGAGUUAUCAUAAUGGCAACUUGGCUAUAAGGUUGGCGUUACUUGUAUAAAAGCCAUGAGGGUUCUAGGGUGGUUAAAAAGUGACAGUUUCUGGGCUCCUAACAUGAUAAUAAAGUAUAGCAUGAAACAAACCGACCUGGCUACAUGCAAUAUCUGUGCUAAAGAAGUAUCCGAAGGUGUUUGCUCGAGUCAUUUGAUGCGUUGCCAUUAUAGUAAUUGAAGCCAAAAGAUGGAGUUAAUGAUAUUACUAGGUUGCAGUGUGAUAGAUGCUUCUUGAAAACGUGGAGCUAGCUAGCUUACUAUAUUGAAAUCUUUCGUUGUUUUUUGAAGACAAUGUUUUCAGCUUAGGUCAGAGGCCAAUGUGAUGUGAUAUUCUUAAUUUAUUCUCGGGCGAAAAAGUGACGUGACAAUUACGUACCAUCUUGAAGCGGGGGCGAACAAAACAUAGGUAGUCACAGUUGUGGAGUUUACAAAAUGUCGUAUGAAUAUCAAGAAAAUUUACCAAAAGAAGCUUCUGAACGUUAUAAAGACAAGCUAACAAUCAUAGGGUUAAGAAAAUGUCCUUACAAGUGUGCUGCCAAUGAUUGGAAAGACGAUCCAACUGAAUGGCCUCCUUUGUCGCGUAUCACCAUGUCUAUCAUUUUCUGAUAAAGAGUCCACGUAUAUACUCGAGUGAAGCCAUGGGGAAUUAUAAAGCCUAACCCUAACCCUAACAGAAGCUAGGCUCAUUGGCCCAGUUAAUUGAGACAAUACCCCAUGUGGGUAAACAAAACAUCAUGCACCAAUUUUGAAGCUCAAUAUAGUGUUUUUAUAUUUUAGUUCACCCAACCAGCUAGCAACCCAACUGGAAACUGCAAUUAACAUGAGCUAAACUGUGUUUAGUUCCAUUAGGAUGGGACAGGCCCAACUAUUGACAAACAAUUCCCAUGCUUUUAAAAGACUGUGUCAUAGGAUGGGGCAGGCCCAACUAUUGACAAAGGACACUUGUGUUUUCAAAAAUACUAGUAAAAAUGGGACAGAUCCAACUAUUGAUACUUUUUAGAAACAGCCACAACAUGGGUCAGUUUGAAGACUCCCAGACUAAAUUUGAGCCUUGUAACAUGGGAAACACACUUUUAAAUUUAAAAAAAAUUGAAGACAGCUCUGGCCCAAUUGUGGACAAAUGCAGUGUCUAUAGGAGAGGACAAAAGAAACAAAAAAUAUAUGGAGGAAAAUAAAUCAUGAAUUCUCUAAAUCUAAUCUAUUACAAAUAUAGCUAAAGUAAUGAGCAAUACAAAUACAAUGUCAUAAUUUAUUUCCUUAAAAAUUGAACAAACACAGACAUAAAUUCACAAAUAUUAGUAGCACAGUCGGAGUACGACUCAUUUCCAAGUGGUUGUGGUUUUGAUCCCCACGUAAUGCUGUUGUCCAGUUGAGCAAGAAUUUCAAAAAAAAUUUCUGUAGCUCAAAUGGGAGCCUAAGGACUCUGCUCGAAAGUGGUGAUACUGAUCACAGAAAAUAUAAAUUAACUUUUAUAAUAUUUCUUGAAAUCAUAGUCAUAGUCUUUCUGUUUCUUGAAUAUAUAACAAAAUAUUUCAAUCAUGGAUGCCCCUCUUCUAUUUAAAUCACAUUUCUAUAUAAAUCACAAUUAACAAUUGAACUUGAAUUUCAAUCUUUGAUUCAAAUCAAAAAUCAAAAAUUGAACUUGAAAUUCAAUUUUUGAUUUAAACGAAAUCGAUUUCAUUUUCAAAUUUAAAAUUCUAUCAAAAAUCAAAAAUUUGGAAAUUGAUAAUACAUUUUGGGAUAUUUAGCACCAAAUGACCCAAAGUAAGCCUUGGGAUUGUAGAGAAAAAACGUUUGCGAAAGAGAGCGUACUUUUUUGCUAAAAGAUGGAUUUCCUUUUUCGUUUUUUGAUUUGAAAACGAAGUAUAACAAAUCCGUGACCUGAAAGGGACAUUUAAUUUUCAUUUUAAAAUAAAAACUAAUUUCAAUUUUUUUAUCAAUUUUUCUUUUUUAAUUCAAUACAAAAGAAAAUUUAAACUCAAUUUUCGUUUUUCGUUUUCAAAUCAAAAAACAAAAAAGGAACUUCAUAUUUUGGCAAAAAAGUACGCUCUCCUUCGAAGACGUUUUUCUUCUACGAACCCAAGGAUUACUUUGGGUCAUUUGGUGCUAAAAAUCCCAAAAUGUAAUAUCAAUUUCUAAAUUUCUGAUUUUUAAGAGAAUUUUAAAUUUGAAAAUUAAAUCAAAUUUCGUUUAAAUCAAAAAUUGAAUUUUAAGUUCAAUUUUUGAUUUUUAAUUUGAAUCAAAAAUUGAAAUUCAAGUUCAAUUGUUAAUUUUGGUUUAAAUAGAAAAUUGAAAAUUUUUAACUUGUAAAUGCCUAAAAGAGUAACAAAUCAUGUGACAAGUCAUGUGAUAAUUCUGGUCUAUCAGAUCAAUUGACGUGAAGUGUAAAGAGUUGUAUAACAUUCGUAGGAUUCAGUUAAAUGUUGUUUGUCUUACCACAGAAACAGACAUGAAUAAAAUUUUUACUGAAGAAAUUCUUUCUUUUUUUUCUCAAAAAAAAACUUAUGAAGAGAUAAGCAAUAUCUUGCAGUCGCGAUAUCCAGGAGAAAGAGGUUAUUCCGUAAAGUCAAUAAAACGGUAUUGUAAAGAAAAUGGAUUGUCGCCAAGGGUUUCACAAGCCCAUUUAGAACAGAUAGUAGCAACAGCAGUUCAAGAAGUUGGUCCAACGUAUGGGAGGAAAAUGAUGACCGGGUAUAUUGCUAAUAGAGACAAUAUACGUGUUAGCCAUAAUAGAGUUGGACGAGCUUUAGCAAAAGCUGCACCCCAAAACCACCAGAGAAGACGCACUGACACCGCACGAAUGGUUAACCCAAUACCUUAUCGGGCCGAUUACUUUAGUCAUAAAAUUCACUAUGAUCAAAAUGAAAAGCUUGUUAUGUAUGGGGCUACACAUGUCAUUGCCAUUGAUGGUCAUUCUCGCUUCAUUGUCGGCUACUCCACCAUGCCAAUAAAAAACAACGCUCUUAUUGAACCUUUAAAAGAAACAUUCAAGUGUGUUGUGUGUCAAGACAUAAGUGCUUCACCAAUAGCAAUUUCAAUGUGUUGCAAGCAAGUACUUGGAUGCUCCACGUGUGUGGAUCAAUGGACGGAAUUACGAUGCCCCCAUUGCCGUAACGAGUUUUACGAGACCGUUACGGUCAAUGUUUUUGAAAAUAUCUUAGCAAUUUUAAACAAUUUGUAAUUUUUUUAUAUGUGCAUUUAACUUUUUUUUCUAAAAAAAAUGUUUCUUAUCCUUACUAUCCUUACUAGUAAAAUUAUUUAAGUUCUUGAAACUGGUGAAUAGAAGCUAUUCUUAUACAAGUGUUCGUUUAUUGUCAAAUGUCUAUGUCACAUCUAUAACUUUGGAAAUAAAUUGUUUUCUGCUUCACAUUUUUUUUCAUGAAUUAUAAAGGAAGCUCGAACAUAAUUGUUUUUAGAGAGAAGAAAGAUAUUUUUUAUUAAAAGUAAAACAUUGUUAUAUAUUCUAGAUUUUCCUUUUUUAGUUAUUUUUUCUUUGAACUGAAGAAAAAAGAAACAUUAAUAAUUUAACACUAUUUCCGUCUACAUUCAUUUGUUCUGAUUUUCUGAUGUUCUGAUCAUAUUUAGAUUUCCUGAUUUCUAAAUUCAAACCUUAAAGUUUACCUUCCGUGACAAAAAAGGUUUACCUAAAAUGACUUAAAUUAUUGUAACAAUUAAGAAA